AUGGAAACUGAAACUGAAUGUGAUAUUGUCGCGGGAAAUGUAAGCAGCACUUUACCAAAUCCUGUUCUUCGCGAGGAUGUAGUUCUAUGCGACGAUGAUCUUAGCGCAGAAGCCAAAUCCCAAUUCAAUUUUCAUUCUGAGAUCUUGCAAGCGUUUCAAUUGAAUGCUCGCCUCGUACUCGCCAAUGAUCGCCUAACACCAAUCGGUCGACAUCUAUUCUGUACGUCAGUAGAACAGAACUAUAAAAAUUGUAAGGACGUUCUCAACUACGUUGCCAGCCACUCCGAAUCGCAAACGGAAGCGCAUCCGAUGCCUCCAUUGUUCGUUUUAUGCGGUGCAGCCCGUACAGGUACAACACUUCUCUACAAUUUGCUUGCAUGUGAUCCUGCAUGCCGAGCGCCAUUGUUAAAGGAUAUGAUGAAUCCAGUCCCACCACUUGCUCGUUCAAAUAGCACUACAAAUAUGCUUGCUCAGAACUUGAAUGAUCCCAUAUUGAGUGAUUACGAACGAGAUAAAAAAGCGUCUCACCCUUGCUACAAAUACGAGGAAGACGUGAACAUCCUUUAUCAGAGUGGCCUCUUAGUACCCCAUCUGGAACCUCCUGAAAGUACAGAACUUGCAACUUGGUUUUACAACGAUACAAACAAAGAUUUUGUCUACAAAUAUCACAAAACAUUUAUGAAGAUGAUGAAUAGCGUCGAUGCACCUCAGUCACAUUGGCUCUUGAAAACUCCGUAUCAUAUAUUCAAUCUUGACACUUUACUACAUCACUAUCCAUCUGUUUCACUCAUCAUGACCCACCGUCAGCUACAUGACGUACUGCCGUCCUCGGUUCGCUUGGGAUUGGCAUUUGCAAGCAUCUAUUUCGAUAGUAACAGGCAUGAUGCCGCGAUCGAUAAACAAACGAUUGUGAAGCGCCGUUUACGUGCAACAGAUAUUCAGAUUAAUCGCAUUGUCAAAUUUCGUCGGGCGCAUCCACACGCUGCCGUUUUCGAUGUACUCUAUGAUGAUCUCAUCACGAAACCCGUUGAUACUGUUCGUUGCAUCUACAAUCAUUUCGGACUCAAAUGGUCGGAAGAAUUUGAGCAAGCUAUGAUUACUUGGCUACGCGAUAAUCCUCAAGGUAAACAAGGACGCAACAUCUAUACACUGGAAGAAUUUGAACUUACACAUGAUGCCAUUGAACGAAAGUAUGAGGAAUACAACAGGAUGUUUCUCAAUCGUGAGGACAUACUUAAGACCGAUGAUAGAGCGACCAAAAGUGCAAACUCCUCUCCUGAUCACAUGAACACUGUGGUUGAUUCUAUUGAAUAA